GAGCAAAUUGUUGUUAUUAAACCUCGAUCAGAGAGACCUUCAAAAACAACAUCAUAAAGCCUACUUCAAGUGUCAUUACAAGAGGAGUAUAAGUUACAAACAAUAGUUAAUAAAAACUUGAUCUUGAUUAGAACUUGAUCAUAAAUUGCUAAAGGUUAUACAGGAGUAUACCAAUCUAAUUCAAGAUGAAUAAAUCAACAUCUUCAGACGAUGAGACCAGAAAGAUCAGCCUUCCAAGCAAGUUUGGGAGAGGGAUAGAUAAAGACGCAGCUUUCAAACAUGAUCCACCGAGGAGAAAGAUCACUAUGCCAUUAUUGGGAAACCUAGAAGAGAUCCAACAUAAUAUUUCCUCUAUACAGGAGAUCACAGAUUCGUCCCAAACCUCUCUAGAUGAUAACUCAGUUACAGAGGAGGAAAUGAGGGAAAGGGAAACACUAAAUGCAUCAAUUAACUCUGCAUUAUCGUCUCAUACAAAAAUCAGAGAAAGUAAAAGUGACGGUGAAAAUAUCUCAACAACUACUCGGAAAUCUUCUGGCCCAUUAGCACUAUUGAAUGCUUUGAAUCUACCUAAAAGAAAAAUAAGCGGGCCUGAAAGGAAAGUGAGUGGCCCUGAAAGAAAGAUAAGUGGCCCUGAAAGGAGGAUAAGUGGCCCUGAAAGGAAGAUAAGUGCUCCCGAAAGACUAUCAAGAGGAUUCUUUGAGAAAACAAUUUUCCGGAAUAACUCUGGUGGAAAGAAAGGAAAAAUCAGACCUUCUACGGUUUCACUUCCAGAUACACCAUUAUUCAAUAGGGCACCUUGCGUUGUGUGUACCCUAAUAAGACAAGUCAAAUUUGACAGUUUUGAGAACCCUGUUAUCAGCCAACAUGGGUUUGUAACAGAUGUACAUGUAUCCACCAUGCUAACCAAGGCAAGAAGUUUAUCUAAACUCAAUAUCGAAGGUUGCAGCAACAUGGACAAUCAACCCAAAUUAGCACCCGUGACCAGUGAUCAUAAAAAACAAGGAAGGAAAAUGCCAGUUACACC